AUGCCUGUACCAGACGCCGUACCAGAGCAGUCACUUUCCUCAUCCGAAAUCGCACAAAUAAGAGGACACAUCAGCAAAGCCUCAACACCUGCGGAGACCGAGACGAGGACACCAGCGUCGAUAGACGAGACUAAUGGCAACACCACCGCAGCGGAGCCUGCCGACAACAGCACACCCCCAAACAACGAUGACAAUCUACCAGUAGUGACAGCAGAGGAGAUCAACACGGCCGCCGACGCCGCGACAGAAGGCCUGGUGGUUACCACCGCAGAAGAGAUCAACGGCACAACACAACAGUCCACUGUAGACGAUGCCGCGCCGGUGCCCCUACAGGCCUUGGCUGGCGAGCCCAAUGGAACAAACGGGAUUGAGCAGACCACAGAGCCCGAAGAGCAGGUAGAGACUGCGGACCCAGCAAAGGAGGUCAAGGCCGAGGCGGACGACGAAGAGACACCGCUCUUCUCACCAGAUCUGAUCUCUCCCGAAGUCGCCUCCCUCCUGCCAGAAGGCUACAUUAUCCGCCCGCUUCGACGAAGCGACUACCACAAAGGCAACUACCACACCCUCGUCAUCCUCGACCCCUCCCUCCCCCCCACCUCCAGCAUAGUCGGCACCGGCUCCGUCCUCGUCGAACGCAAAUUCAUUCACAAUAUGGGCCUGGUCGGGCACAUCGAGGACAUCGCUGUCGCGAAGAACCAGCAGGGGAAGAAGCUGGGUCUGAGGAUUAUUCAAGCGUUGGAUUACGUGGCGGAGAAGGUCGGGUGCUAUAAGUGUAUUUUGGAUUGUAGUGAGGCGAAUGAAGGGUUUUAUGUCAAGUGUGGGUUUAAGCGGGCGGGAUUGGAGAUGGCGCAUUAUUAUGGUCGGUAG